AUGGAGAAAACUCCGACGCAGACUGUUUCCGAAAUGGGUUCUCGUUUGCUUCAGCUAUCUCGUCCAAACAAGGGCUCGCUUGUGAAGUCGCUACGGGAAGUUGCUACUACUCUAUCACAAAUCGAGCAGCCUAGAGUCACCGAAAUGGUGAACAAGAAAAAAGCUCUGAAACUUCUCGAAGCCGAGUUAAAACCUCUGACGAAAUCCAUUAUAAAGCAUGACCUUCUUAAGAGUCGUGAUAACGACGUGAGCUUUUUGGUCACUGUUUGUGUCACCGAGAUUUUUCGGAUUUUGGCACCCGAGCCACCUUUUGAAGACAAGUAUCUCAGGGAUAUCUUCAACCUCUUUCUUGCUGAGUUUUCUGAGCUAUCUGAUACUGGAAGCCCUUAUUUCUCGAAGAGGGCGAAAAUAUUGGAGACAGUCUCGAGAUGUAAAUGUUGUCUGGUAAUGCUGGACGUGGAAUGCUAUGACUUGAUCCAUGAGAUGUUUAACAUAUUUUUCUCUGUUGUAAGAGAGCACCAUGAACAAAAUUUAGUUCACCAGAAAAAGGAUAAAACGCAGCAGCGAAACGCUAACACGCAGCAAACACAACAGAGUUUAUUUAAUGACAUUUUAACUAUAAUGAUUGAUAUUCUGAAGGAAGAGGCAAGUUCGUCACUUGUGGAUGUUAUUCUGCAAAAUCUUGUGAAGGAGGAAAAGGAUGCAACUUCUGCUGCUAAUAACCUCGCCAGUUCUCUCAUUGAAAGCUGUACCGACACGCUGGAGCCGUUAAUUUGCAGCUUUUUAUCAUCAUGUUUUAUGGAGAAAGAUUCCAUCCAGACCAAUCUCAAGGAUUCUUAUCACGAAAUCAUAUUUAAGAUCUCCUUAAGUGCUCCCCAGAUAUUGCUAGCAGUUAUCCCGAACUUGACCAAAGAACUACUGACUGAUCAGGUCGAUGUACGCAUUAAGGCCCUUAACUUAGCUGGAAGGAUUUUUGCACAGCCGAAGCAGUGUUUCGGAGAAAUAUAUCAAGAUCUUUUUGCUGAGUUCUUGAGAAGAUUCUCAGAUAAAUCUGCAGAAGUCAGAAUAGCUGCAUUGAAAUGUGGCCAACAGUGUUACUUGGUGAAUCGGUCUGGAAACAAAGCAUCUGGAGUUCUCACUGCCAUCCAAGAACGCCUAUUAGAUUUUGAUGACAGGGUUAGAACACAUGCUCUGGUUGUUGCUUGUGAUAUCAUGAAGUCUAAUAUGAAGUAUGUUCCUUUGAAUCUGAUUUCUGAAGCCAUUGAGAGACUUCGGGACAAGAAGAUAUCUGUUAGGAAGAAGGCGCUGCAGAAGCUGACGGAAGUAUAUCAAGACUAUUGUGACAAGUGUUCAGAAGGAAAGAUGACAAUAAAUGAUCAUUUUGAGCAUAUCCCAUGCAAAAUCUUGCUGCUUUGCUGCGAUAAAAAUUGUGAAGAAUUCAGGCCCCAAAAUAUGGAACUUGUGCUCUCCGAUGAUCUUUUCCCUCGCCUUCUUCCAGUUGAGGAGAGGAUGCGGCACUGGGUACAAUGUUUUUCCGUGAUGAACCAUAUUCAGUUGAAGUCACUCAAUUCAAUCUUAUCUCAGAAGAGAAGGUUACAAAUUGAAUUGCGGCAUUGCCUGGCCCUCUGGGGUCAAGCUAAGGAUCACAAUAUAGAAGAAGUGCAAAGAAAACACAAAAGCUAUUUUGUAAAGCUUUCAGCUUGCUUUCCAGAUGCCUCCAAGGCAGAAGGUUUCUUCCACAACUUAGACCAAAGGAGAGACACAUCGAUUUUUGAUGCCUUAACUCUACUGCUGGAUGAACUGACAUUCACAAAAGCCCAGACUAUUAGAGAGAAGUUUCUCAAGACGAUUGGUUCUAAACAUCAUCUUUUUGAGUUCUUACGUACACUUACUACAAAAUGCUCGCCUUCUAUAUUUAGCUCAGAGCAUGUCCAAUAUCUUCUGAAUCAGCUAUGUGGGAGCACCUCUGUUACUGCUCAAUUGAAGGCUCCUUCCAUCAAACUUCUUCUGGUUAUCCUCAACAUGUUCCCUUCUUACCUGAGAGGUUCGGAAAAGCAGUUUCUGAAGCUGCUAGAGGAGAAUGAUUCAUUUGCUGACGAGUUAAUUGAAGCUCUAUCAAAGGCAGCUCCUUAUAUUUCUGUCAACUUCGGUGACUAUUACCCUGUUCUGGAGAAGAUGUGUCUGGAGGGUACUCGUUCUCAGGCAAAAUAUGCUGUUUCUACCAUCGCUUCAUUGGGUGGAACAUCGGACCAAUCUGUCUUAUCCGAGUUAUGCGAGAUGCUCAUAAAUUCUUUGUUGGGUGGACGGAACAUUCCAACAACUUUGCAAUCUUUGGCGUGUGCUAGUCAAUAUUCUGUUUUGGCAUUUGACAAUAUAUAUGAAGAUAUCAGCAGCUACGUUUACCAGGUUUUUCAAGAGGAACCAUCUGACAGUCAACCUCCUUGUGAUCAGUCUUCUGGUUGUUGCAACUCUUGCAAGCUAAAGAUAUAUGGGCUCAAAACACUUGUGAAAAGUUUCUUGCCUCGUCGUGGUCAAGUCGUAAGGAAAAUCGAUGACUUGUUAAACAUAUUGAAGAAAACACUAAAAUCACAGGGAUACGUUGGCAUAAAAUCAUGUGAGGACACGGGGGCUCAUGUUAGACUGGCUGCUGCUAAAGCUGUUCUAUUGCUGUCAAGGAAAUGGGACCUUCAUAUUUGUCCUGAAACUUUUCGUCUCACCAUCCUGAUGGGAAAGGACUCCAACGCCUUUAUUACCAGGAAUUUUCUCACCAAAUUACACAAGCUAUUGACGGAACAUAUGAUACCCAGUAGAUACGCGUGUGCUUUUUCGUUUUCCGUGUCUGGUCCUUGCAGAGAACUGCAAGAUGAUUCAAUUAGAUACAUCAAUGGAUUCAUCAAAAAUGCUAGAAGAGAAGCUACGACAUGUCGGAAUUUAGAUCAAGGGGAGUCACUCACUGAUUGUCCAGCUUACAUGACAGUGUUCCUGAUCCAUGUUCUUGCACAUGACCCAGAGUUCCCUCCAGAAGACUGCACGGAUGAGCAUGUAUAUGCUCGGUUUUGUAGCCCUCUGUUCUCGGUCUUACAGGUGCUACUUAGUAUCAAGGAAACGAUCAAGGAAACUGUCCCUUUCUUAUUUUGUAUCUUCCGUGCAAUUAAAAGAGCCGAGGAUGCUGUUAAUGCUCGUAAAACUACUAGGCUGCAUAUUUUAGCUGAUAUCGGUUGUUCAGCUGUCAACACAUUAAAAUCUCUUGCCGUCACUUCUCCACAAGCUCCACGAUCGGUUUUGCUACCAUCAUCUUUGUACAAAUUAAGCCUCACUAGCAUGUCAGAUAACCAGAAGAAGGCUAAGUCUCAUACUCGAAAUGCUUUGGAACAAAGUUUCAUUGAAAGAGUAAUUCAUAUAUUCCAAUCACAGAUCUCCCUGUAUGAUCAGAGCUGUCAAGAAGAUACCCCAGCAGUUGUUUUAGAGGACAGAGUUUUGCCUACAUUAUUGGGCAAUCAAAUCGAAACCUCAAUGACUGGUUCAACCGAAGCCAGCAAAAAAAUAACAAGGUGUAGCAGGAAGCGGACUCAUUUGGGAUUGCCUGAAAAAAGUGCUACUGCCGGGGAGAAGACAAAUGCUUCUUCAAAAAGGUGUAAAACAGGAGAGGGGCCAGAAAUGAUUUCCUGUGAUUCCUUAUCUUUGAGAACAGUUGAGUCGGAAGUUCCUAUAAAGAAGCUUGAAAGACACAGUACUUUUUCAAAGGAGAGUGUUGGAGCAAGUGUAAGCAAUAACGUUACAUCUGCAAAACACUCCGGGGUAGUAUCUGCUUUAAAGGAUAUCAGCAACCACGGCGAAACAAUUAUUGGGCAGCGGAUUAAAUUACUCUCUCCCACUGAUGGAUGUUUCUAUCCGGGCACUGUUGAGAGAUUUAAUUCUAAAAGCAACUCGCACAAGAUUGUUUUGGAUAAUGGGGAUGUUGAAUUGGUUUGCUUGGAGAGCGAGAGCUGGGAGACCCUGAGCCAUGAAUCUAUGGGAACACAGGAAAUCUUGGGAAAGGAGACGGAGUCUUUUGGUUCUCGGAAUUGCGUUCCUGAAAUGACUCAUACACAUGCAAAAGCUAAUGACCAAAAGCAGAAAACUACAACAAAGCAGCAGAAGAAAAAGGUGCCUGCUAAAUUGAUUCCUCCACCUGCAAACUCAAUAAAAGGAAAAUUGGUUUCAGGAGAAGCAUCAGUUUCGCUUUCAGAAGUGACCAACACAAGUGACGCCAUUGGACUUAGAAGAAGUCGGAGACACAGAAUUUCUUAG